CCCCCAAUAGGCCGUUGGUGCCGGGCGCUGCUGCGGGACUACGCGGAGGCGCUGCGGGAGACGCUCCGUUGGGCGCGGCGCCGCCCGGUGUCGGCGGGAGCGGCGUUGGCGGCGUUGGGGGGAGCGGCGGCCGCCGUCCGUUCCGUCCCGGAUCGGCGUUCGUUCGACGCGGCGCUGCUGGACGCCGCCUCCGCUUUGCUGCUGCUGCCCCCGAAGACGCGGAACGCCGCGGCCGAGCGCCACGUGCAGCAGCUGCAGCGCCGCCGGGAUCGCGGGCAGCUCCGUUACCGGCACCUGGCGCUGCUGGCCGUGCUGUACGAGGAGCCGCACGACGCCGCCGUAGCGCUGUACCGGGCGCGGUGCCCCCACGUGCGGCCCCGCUGGACGCGGCUGUGGGACGUGGGGUUCGCCGGGCGGUGGUGGGCGCUGGAAGCGCUGAGCCGGGACUGCGACGUCAACGACGAGGAGUUCGCCGCUCUGCCCGCCCCGCUCCGCCGGUUCCGGCCCGGGGAGCUCCGCAGCGACGGCACCGAACGGCUCCGGGAGCGCCGAGAGCGGCCCGCCGUGCUGCUGCCCCGGGACGGCGAUGCGGACUGAGCGGGGCUGCGGGGAUCCGCCACGGGCGGGCGGCUGUCGGGAGCGGCGGCUGUCGGGAGCGGCUGUCGGGAGCGGCUGUCGGGAACGGCUGUCGGGAACGGCUGUCGGGAACGGCUGUCGGGAACGGCGGCCGUUCGUCGCCCCGCCGCGUUGUUCGGCCGUUCGGUGCCG